GUUCCAAGUACACAUCUUUCGAUGCUAUCGUGACAUCAACAAUACAUCGAUAUACAGUUGUUUACAAACAAUUGUUUAUAUCAUUUUAAAGUAUUAUGUCCAUUCCUCUGUUUUCUGCCAUAACUUUUUUGUAAUAUCAUGGAUUCGUCUCAAAGUCAAUCGCGGCUACUUGAGGAAGGCUCCGCUCAAGAUUCUCGGAUCUUGUGCUUGCAAAAUCUGAUCGAGAAGAAUAUUGAGAUAGAGCAACAAAUUGAGGCGAAAACUUUUGACCAAUCAAUUGCGGCAAUCGAAGAAAUCCUGCGAACAGCAAACGAUAUAAACAAGGGUCAUGAAGACCGCCGGACAAAUUCGACGGAACUUGUUUUGGACACGGAGUUAUUAAGACGCAAUCACGAAGUUGUAGGAAAAGCUAUUCAGUACAACACUAACUUUACUGACAGAAUGGUGAUCACGGCGAUUAAUGAUUUGGUUUUCAAAGAACAAGAAGAGGAUUGGGAUGCUGUCUGCUCACUGGCUCUCCAAUUUGGAAGACCUCUCUUCACAAACGAUAGUAUGCUUCCCUUCAUAGAUGUAACGCCAAAGGAAGUCAUUCCGAAGCAGCGUGCUCAACGCAAACAGAAAUCUCAGGUCGAGGAAAAGCGCCCAAAGAAGAGUGAUAAAUUGGAAAGAAAGGAUGAAGGCGCAGCCUCCGUCAGUCAUAUGUUGAAACAGAUUAGGCAAAUAUAUCGAGAGGGCGGUAAUGAGCCUAUUCCAUAUUUUAAAUUAAUUUGCAAUCCAAAUAAUUUUAUGGAUACCGUACAAAAUGCUUUACAACUCUCGUUUCUUGCCAAGGAGAAAUACAUUGCUAUUGAAAAUGGCGAUGAUGGUUUGCCUUUGGUAAAUGUUGUCAAUUCUAAAAGUUCCGAAGAUAAUGAGCCAGCCCAAGCCAUUUGCUCCAUCGAUGUAUCCUUUUGUGAGAAAAUGGUUAAGCACUACAACCUUCGUGAGCCAAUGUUGAAAAAACUUCAAAAUGAUGAAAGUUAGAUAUAUUAAUUAUAUUGUAUUACAGUUAAAAAUAAUGUUAAUAAAACAACCAACCAAUAAAGCGUUAAAUAUGA